AUGGCAACUACGACCAAAGGAUGGAAAUUUUGGUCAACCAAGAAGAAAUUCUUCACCUUAUUCUUGGUGAUACUCGUUCUCGUCGCGCUCGGAGUUGGCCUUGGAGUCGGUCUUGGAGUUGGGCUCAAAAACAACGGGGGUUCAGGAGAAGGAGGCCAACCAACGUCUUCAGCGCCAGCGCCAGCGCCAACCACCACGCCAACAGGAAAUAAUACUGAGUUCUGGAAACCCUCCGCCGGCACAACCUGGCAGAUCGAGCUUCUUUACACUCUCAAUGACACCUCGGUCGAUGUUGAAGUCUAUGACAUCGACCUAUUCAACAGCGGAGCAGACCUAAUCUCCAGCCUUCAGGACAAGGGACGCAAAGUCAUUUGUUACUUCUCCGCUGGUAGCUGGGAGAACUGGCGACCCGAUGCCGGCAAUUUCUCAUCCGCCGACUUGGGCGGAACGCUAGAUGGCUGGCCGAAUGAGAAAUGGCUCAAUAUCAGUUCAUCCAGUGUACGAGAUAUCAUGAAGACCCGACUUGGCAUGGCCCAGGACAAGGGCUGCGACGGUGUUGAUCCCGACAAUGUGGAUGGGUAUUCCAACAAGGAAAACGACCUCGGCCUUACACAGCAAGAUUCGAUUGACUUCGUUAACUUCCUAGCCUCCGAGGCUCAUUCGCGCAACAUGUCGAUCGGGUUGAAGAACGCAGGCGAGAUUAUCGAUAGUGUGAUUGACAACAUGCAAUGGUCUGUGAACGAGCAAUGCGCGCAAUACGAUGAAUGCGAUACGUUCAUGCCCUUUACCGACGCCAACAAACCGGUUUUCCAUAUUGAAUACCCGAAGGAGGAUACAGACAACAACAAACUUGUUACUACAAGCCAAAAGAAUACAGCCUGCAAUUUUAACGGCUCCAGUAAAUUUUCGACCGUCAUCAAGAACAUGAAUCUUGACAAUUGGAUUGAGACUUGUUGA